CACAGUGGACACUCGACUUUUGCGGCGGACACAUGUCGCGCUAGCCGGACCCCAGGAUUGUCGACGUUUAUUUGUCUCUUCGUUCUCUUUGUCGCGCGUUAGCGUUGUUAUUCGUGUUUGGUCACUAUCUGUUCGAGUUCCUGCAUUGCACCAAGUUCUGCACAGUAUCCCCUCGUGUGUGUAUUAUGCGACCGACGACGUCGUCCAUUACGAUAACGAGCUGGAGUGGAGAACCCGUUUAAUUGUUGUCGGUGUUGCAUCGUUAUGCGUCGCCGUGCCUAAUCACCGUUGUUCUUUUCCAUCUCCGUGACACUUUUGUUAAUAUUGAGUGAUAGAAAUACGCGACACGAAGAAGAUACGCAUGUGUACAGUCUCGUACAUGUAUGGGACGAUUGAUAAAGCUACUGAAUUCUUUGGCGACUGAUUUGGACUGCAUGUUGAGUGAGCUCUGCACGACCCCAGAUUCCUAUGAACGGAGCGAUGUCUUCCUGGAACCGUAUCUGCAGCAGCAUGGAACCGUUCAGGUGGUCAGUUCGCCGAGCACGCCACCGCCAAAUCCGCUGCAGCAUCGUCAACUUGCGCAGCUACAUCAUGUACAGAGCGAAGAAUCACUUUCAUCGGAAGGAUCGGCCACUUCGGGAGAAUCUUCGGAAUCUACAGAAGAUUCUGGUAGCGAGGUGGCUUGCGAUAUCACUCUGAUCGAAAGGCUCAUACGCUCUCACCCGAUCUGGUUCCUGCCAGGUAUUCAGAGGGCCGGAGCAUUUCACUUGUUGCAGGGCAAAGAAGAAGGAAACUUCGUGGUGCGACAAUCGAGCCAGAACGACACGAUGGCCCUAUCGGUGAGAUUACCCGUUGGCAAGGGACCUUACAUCGAGCACUACCUGAUUCAGGCCAACAAGGGUAAACUGAGUCUGGAAACGAGUGAGAACAGGUUCGAUAAUAUCCCCUCGUUGAUCGCCCAUUAUUCGCAAUGCUGCAGUGACGAGCUGCCAGUGCAAUUGACAUUGCCGAGGGCGAUGCGGGAAGCGAAGAAUAGGCAGCAAUUGUCAUCGUUGGCGUUGUUGGGCCAAGAAUUCUGGCGGUAUCCCAUGGCAAAUCCAAAGCCGCCAGAAAGCAGUAGCAGCAAUACUUCUAGUCUCAGCAGUUUUCAUGGCAGUAACAAUAAUCACCAUAAUAACAAUAACAAUAACAUGGACACGCCGACUACGGAGAGCAUAGUACUCAAUCUGGCUCCGAUAGCGUCCCAGAAUGCACACACCUCUCCAACGAACACUAUUAACGCAAACACCUCAUCAUUCGUAUCGUCGUUGCCGCGUCAACCGCGCCCGACUCCACCAAACACUCUCAAUUUGACGACUUUCAACGAGCCUUUCAAUGAUACCAAAAGGGACCGGAUCUCGUCGCCGAAUGACAAGCUCUCUCACAAACUUAUCUCACCGAAUCUCGUGCAGAGCGUACGAUGUCCUUCGCCAGUGGUUCACAACGUGGAGAACAACGUACUGAGCCCCGCCCAGGAUGCAAAGACCUUUGAUACCCCGAAGAACGGUCUGGACACAUCAAGAUCAACAAUGGUCGAGUUUACCAAAAGUUCGGCGAAAUUUGCGUCCACCUCGAGCUUUCAUCAGAACAAUCUGUCAUCGUGCACCGCAUCGCCAGUAUCGCCGGAUAUCAGGAAUAUCGUCACAGAAAAUCAAGGAACUGUGCAAAAUGUGAAGACGCCGCCGCCGCCGCCGCCGAGAUGGGCCAAGCCUGGUAUCAAUCAGAAUCAGAGUAAUUUUACGGUGACCACGACGGUGACGUUCAAUGUGAAUCAAAGCAACGACCUGAACACUUCACAGCAAAAUACACCGUCGGAUCCCAAUACGUCAUUAUUGAGUCCUCAAUCCAACAAAUCUCUUACUUCCAACUUUUCUACCAAAUCACUCCUUUCACCAAUCACCCCAGUCUUAUCUCCCACUUCAAAGCUGAUUUCGAAAACACCCAAUGUGCUCUCUCCAAAUACUCCCUCCAGCACCGGUAAAUCGAAAAGACGGCGCGAUCGCGAGAAUCGGAAGAACUCUCAGCAUUAUCAGGAAUCGGACAUUUUGGAUUCGUACUAUCGUAGUUCACCGGCUGACAAAAUUUCUGACUAUGAAGACAUCUGGAAUACGACCGACCAGUCGACGCAAUCGACCUGGAACGAUAGGUUGAAAGACUGCAGAGUCGUCUGCACUUCGCAGACGCGUCUGAAGAGUUCCAAUGAUCGUCUGAUGAGUCCUAGAGAAUCCGAAAAGAGUCUUACCAAUGAAAAACUACCAGCGGGAGAACAAAUGAUUCUAAAGAACGACAGAUUUAUUUUGAAGAACGAUAAAAUGAACUAUAAAGAAAUGACGAGUCCGGAGUUUAGUAGCUUCAAACCUGUUCCGGAAAUAAAGAGUCCUGAUCAGGGUUCGCCAGAGGAGACUGGAAUGGGAAGAAAGCCCGAUCUGCUAUCCAGAGUUUGCAGUGCCAAUUCGCUAAACAGUCCGAACACAGUGACACCUCCGAGAAACAAAUUAGGUCUUGUUCUGGCGAAAUCGGAAAGCAACAGUCCUCAGACUCCCGAAUCUAAACAGAGCAGUCCCUUUUAUGCGGAACCGGCUGACGCCAUUGCUCAGAACGCCGUCAUAAUUCCACGGAGACGACCGACCAGAAACAAUCCGGCGAUGAACAAGUAUCGACACAGCGAACCAGGUUGGUUACAAACUCCAACAGGAAACAACGUUAAUCAAUUGCAUUCUAUCGACUGCUGGGAGGAACCGCCCGAGGAAACAGAGGACAAGACACCAUUAAUUUCGUCGUCGGUCGACAACUUGGCGAAAAGAUUGGGUCAAACUAGAGAGGCGAAGAAGAUUCCUCGGGCGAAGCCGGUUCAGCCACCGAAGAUCAGGACCAAGGUAUUCAACGAUACUUCUUGGACAGUGGACUCUAGCUGGGAGUUUAUCGGCAAUGAAGCAGAAGAUUGUGAACCAGAUUAUGACUGUGAUGCUGACUACGACGGUGACAAUGUCGCGAGGAAGUUUCCAGAUGACGAGAGAUGCAACGGGGACAUUGUUGGAAAUACUUUUACCGUUCAAAGUAUAAUUUUGCAACGAUACCCGGAAUUGCUGAAGCCACCGGACACGUGUGAAUCUUUGUAUAGCGAUCGGAACUCUUCGUACGAUAACGUGGAAAAGCGGAACGUGGAUCGUGAGGAUACGUCGGACUCGCGGAAGGAUCGCACGUAUGAUCCUUCCGAAUGGGAGACCAUGCUAGACACGGACGCAGAAAGCGACGUAGAGAGGCUGAAACGGAAUAAAAGUUUUAAGGAACGACUGGACCCUCUUUUGUCACCGCCACGAAUACAAGCGCUUUCAAGAAAUCGCGACCAACAGAGUGGAACCGGAUCGACCAUCAGAACUUAUGCUCUUCAGCUUGCAGCGGACAAGACCACGACUUUUUCGCAGAACAUCGAUAACUUUAUUCAAUGCACGCGAGAGAGUAAAGAGGCGAGUCCGCAUGUGGUGAUGCGCAACAUGCGGCAGUUUAUGUCGGGCAUGAAGAACUACUUGGUGAAGCAUGGCGAGCGCGGUUUCGAAAAGGAGGUGGAGAAGGAACGACUCAAGUUACGAGCAAAUGAGUUUCUCAAUCUCGACGCGAUCCUCGAGGAUGUGAUGAUGGGUUUAGUGGUGAGACCCCUCCGGGAACACGUAUGCCAGCUAUUCAUCGACCAUUACGCUGCCACCGGAGCGCUGCAGACACUAGCAGAGAAUAUUCAGCACGCCCAGGGCAAGACUAUUCACGAACUCGGCGUUCGAUCAAAAAUCAUUCCCCCUUCGGAGGAGAGCUUAGAGCGUAUUCUCAAAUGCAUCGAGCGGCUGCAAAAAGCCGACUCUCCACUGGAGAAACUGGAACAUCUGCUAGCAGCCAUCUCGACCAUCUUCAACUCUGUGAAACAGUCUAACUCAGGCAGCAGACACAUUACCUUGGGCGCCGACGACCUUCUGCCACUGGUGAUCUGGGUGUUGGUGCACGGCAAAGUGGUGGACGCGGAGAUCGAAGCCGAGUACAUGUGGGGCUUACUCCACGCUUCUCUAUUGAACGGCGAGGGUGGUUACUAUCUGACAACACUGUCAAGCGCGGUGCACGUUCUGAAGACCUUUAAGUCCAGCCAGAGCACCAUGUCCACGUUGAACGGAUGUGGCCCGCCGGAUUGUUCAUCUGUGCUGCGGAUUUUGGUGCCGGAUGAGCUGCAUGGUUCUCUGAACACCAGGACACUUCCAGUGCGACCCAAUAUGAACACCAGGGAGAUCUGCCGCAUUCUCGCGCAUAAGAUUAGAUGUACGAAUCCUCAAGAUUACGGACUCUUUAAGUUGGUGCAAGGAGAAGAAACGUUACUCGGAGAUCAUGAGUGCCCGCAAGAGCUCUCUCAUUGCCUUUUCGCAUUCAAACGAAUCGACGCGAAGAUAGCUUGGCCCAAGACCAACUCUUAAGAAUAACAAAAUGUUUUAAUCGAUUUAGGAGUAGCCUUCAGACCUUUUUCAUAAGAUAUCUCUCAUCGUAUUGCGUUUUCCAUUAUACUAAUCAGUCGUGUCAAAAUUCGUUGGAAGGUAUAGUAUUGUUUCUCUGUAAAAAUAUUAAACUAUUCAUUUACAAUUAAACAUGCAAGAUUUUAACUGAAAUCCCUUUAAUACUGCCAUUUUCAUGAAAUAUAAGAAAUUAAUGAAGAAAUACGAGAGAGUCUUUACCAUUUGUGCAAGUAUUUUAACUACUUAAUCGCGAAGAAAAUUAAAAUAAUUAGAAAACGAAUAAAACUAGUCAUUGAAAACGAAUAAAACUUGGUAUAUAUUUCUUAAUUGGCUUAAAAAAGAUUUCAAAUAAUAUGCGACUUUUUAAUUUUUGUGUAACCACAAAGUGGUUAUUAUUUUAAUCUUUUGUAUUUUAAUCUUUUAUAUCUUACAAUUAGAUCCUAAAUAAAAUUAGUAUUCAAAUAUGAAAACUAAAAUUACUCUUCGCGAUCAAGUCUCUACUCAUCGAUUGAUUGGGCGAAAUUGACUAUUAAUUGAAUUUCAAGUAAAUUUUAAAAAUUUAAAAAAAAAUCAGACAUGCAAAAAAGGUAUAUCUGCACAUAUCGAUGCACGAUACAUGUACGUAAUAUAGUGAGCUGCGCUUUGUGAAAUGAUUGUUUUUUAAGACAUUCAUUCACGCAGAAAUUUCUCUUUUCGUUUUGGUAUAACAAAACUUGAAAUUUAGUCAAUGAUUCAUUCCGCCUUAAUUUAUAUAUAUGGUGUAUUGCGAAAAAAGUCGUGUAUGUAUUUACUCAGUAUUCAUAGUAUCUCGUGUACGUCUGCAAUAAGAAAAGGACGCUGCUCUCUCGAGGCGAAGCUGUUCUAAACGAACAAAGUGAGACUCAUGUCGAGAGAACAUUAA